AUGAGGCUAGAGGCUGCAGCCAGGAUGGAUGUGUUCAGGAAGCUGUGGAAAGCGAGGAAGCUGAUCCUCGUGGUGUUGAUCCCUCUGUCCCUGCUCCCCUUACCGCUCAUCCACCCCACCAGCGAGGCAUGCUGUGCGUACGUGCUGAUGGUGACCGCAGUCUACUGGGUGUCUGAGGCUGUUCCCCUGGGUGCUGCCGCCCUGGUACCCGCCUUCCUCUAUCCGCUCUUUGGGGUACUCAAGUCCAGCGAGGUGGCCGCCGAGUACUGUAAAGACACCACGUUGCUGCUGAUGGGAGUCAUCUGCCUGGCCGCCUCUAUAGAGAAGUGGAACCUGCACAAACGCAUCGCUCUGCGCAUGGUGAUGAUUGCAGGGGCCAAGCCUGGCAUGUUGGUGCUGGGCUUCAUGUGCUGCACAGUGUUUCUGUCCAUGUGGCUCAGCAACACGUCCACCACAGCCAUGGUGAUGCCCAUCGCCGAGGCCGUCCUGCAGCAGCUGAUCUGCACCGGCCUGGCAGACGGCCACGCAGACUCCGAAACCGCUGAGGCCCCCGAGGACGACAGCGACAAAGAAGAGAACUUCAACAAAAACCAGCUGGAGCUGCUCUAUCGCAACGACAGGUACGUGUGUGUGUGUGUGCAUGUUGCGAUCGAAAUCCCGAACGUGAAGCGGGUGAAGGCCAGGAGGGACUCCCAGUAUCCCACCAAGAGGGAUCACAUGAUCUGUAAAUGCCUGUCGCUCAGCAUCACCUACGCCGCGACGAUCGGCGGCCUCAUCACCAUCACAGGCACGUCCACCAACCUCAUCUUUGCCGAGCAGUUUAACACUCGUUACCCGGAUGCAAAGGUGAUAAACUUCGGCACGUGGUUCAUCUUCAGCUUUCCCAUCGCCAUCAUCAUGCUGGUCCUCACCUGGCUGUGGCUGCACUUCCUCUUCCUGGGCUGCAACUUCAGGGAAACAUGCUCGCUGAGUAAGAAACGCAAAACCAGGAGAGAGAUGCUGUCGGAGAGGAGGAUCCAGGAGGAGUACGCCAAACUGGGACCCAUCAGCUACCCGGAGGUGGUGACCGGCGUUUUCUUCAUCCUGAUGACUCUGCUGUGGUUCACCAGAGAGCCUGGUUUCGUGCCCGGCUGGACAUCUCUUUUUGAGAAGAAAGGUUACAGGACCGAUGCGACAGUGUCUGUCCUCCUUGGCUUCCUGCUCUUCCUCAUCCCAGCCAGGCGACCCUUCUCCUCCUCCUCUUCCAGCUCUAGGAACACAGCACCUGAUGACAAUUCGGAUUCCGACCCUCUGGCUCCCAUGAUCACCUGGAAGGACUUCCAGAGGCUGAUGCCGUGGGAGAUCGUCAUCCUGGUUGGAGGAGGCUAUGCACUGGCUGCUGGUUGCAAGGUGUCGGGCCUGUCGGUGUGGAUCGGCAGACAGUUGGAGCCCAUGAGUGGUCUUCCUCCGUGGGCCGUCACCCUGCUGGCCUGCCUGCUGGUGUCGGCAGUCACAGAGUUCGCCUCCAACCCGGCAACUCUCACCGUCUUCCUGCCCAUCCUGUCAGCGCUGUCAGAGACUCUGCACAUCAACCCGCUCCACACUUUGAUCCCGUCCACCAUGUGCGUGUCAUUCGGGGUCAUGCUUCCAGUGGGGAACCCCCCCAACGCCAUCGUGUUCAGUUACGGUCACGUGAAGAUCAGCGACAUGGUGAAAGCAGGCUUCGGGGUGAACCUGAUCGGUGUGGCGGUGGUGAUGUUGGCCAUCACCACGUGGGGGUCUCCCCUCUUCAACCUGACUGAGUUCCCAGUCUGGGCCAUGGCCCGGAACGUCACCGGGGGCUUAUAA